UUUCACAUCAACUUUCUCAAUCUUUUUGCAGAGUCUCGAUGUCGCCUAGCCGUUUGUGGAGUGGCACUGGAAAUCGCUCAGUACAAGGAUUUAAUGCGAAAGGUGGAUUCAGCGCAAUUAGAUGCAUUGCUUUCUCGACUGGAUACGUUCUGUAAGAUUGACACCAUUAUUGAAAGAGUGUCAUACGACGUUCAUUUCUCUGUCCAUCGAGAUUUGGGAAUUGGAUUUACUGGGACACACUCUGGAUCGACCCCCCCACGCCCCCCGCCCAAAGCAUACCACGUACUUUGCAAUGGCAGUUUCGGACUGUAUACGAUAUGUGAAGAAGUCCCAAAUCGGAAUCCAAGUGGACCGUUUUUCGUACGGAGAUGUUCGAAUUGA